CUUCCUCCGCGCUGCAUCGGGGAUUCCUGGAAGUUUGGCGGAUGUUCAUUGAGACAUCGGGGACUUUAUGAAAAUGGAAAAUUAUGAGGCUUGUGUAGGCUUUGAAUUCUGUGAGACACCACUUUCCAGUGUUGCUCAGAAGAUCAUGUCUGCUAUGCAUUCAGGUGAUUUAGUGGAUUUUGAGAACUGGGGAGAGAGAACAAAGAAUGUGACCAACAAAUCCAGUGUUAGGUAUCCAGUGCUACUAGAAGAUGGGAAAGAUCGAUCACUGGAAGAAAGGAAUCCUAAAUCUUUAACAAGCGAAGCUUCAAGAGGGUCCAUCAGGCCCUCCCCCAAGUCCUCCAAGGCCAGGCUCAAAGGACAGCUGUGUGCUGACCAAAAGCUGAAGAACAUCAGCCCUUUGGCUUUUUCCAGCUGUUUGAUUCCACAGUAUAAUGAAGAAGCUUCAGUUCUACAGCGAACAGAGAAUAAGAGAAAGCAUUUCCUAAAGGAAAAUAUAAACAAGGAAAGCAUGAAUCUUAAAAGAAAACAUAUUACAUAUGAUAAUUCCUCAGAGAAAACGAGUGAACACAUGGCAUUGGAAGAGGAUGCUGACAAGGCUGAAGCCUAUCUAACCUCUGGGGACUCAGGACACAUUUGUGACAUUAGGUAUUUGGAUGAUUUGGCAAAAAGCCAGCUAACAGAAGCACUCAAGCAGGCAGCAGCCCUGGUAGUGACCCUGAUGUAUACGGAUGGUUCCACCCAGUUAAGAGCUGACCAGGCUCCAACUUCUUGUGUUAGAGGGAUUGUGAUGUUACUAAAGGGCCAGGUGGAAGCAGGCUCCUUCUGGAGUCUGGAGGAGGGAUUCAAGCGGGAGGAUCAGUGCAUAUACAUACACACAGAGCACACCUGUCUCUGGGACCAAGAACAGGAAGCACAUAAGAUAUUUGCCAGGAAAGUGCUAUUCCAAACACUGAAAUGUAAAUGCCCUGUUAUUUGUUUUAAUGCCAAGGACUUUGUGAGAACAGUACUGCAAUUUUUCGGUGAUGAUGGCAGUUGGAGGCGUGUUGCCAGUUUUGUAGGAAUAGAUCCCGGAAUUGCUGCAUGGCUCAUAGAUCCCAGUGACGCCGCACCUUCUUUCGAGGACUUAGUGGCAAAACACCUUGAAAAGUCCACUAUAGUCAGAGUGAGCAGCACGUAUAGAAAUUCCUCAAGAAAUAGUGUGAACCAGAAUGCACGUGUGAAGCUGAGUAUACUCUACAGGCUUACGAUGGACCUGUGCUUCAAAUUGAAGGUUAAUGGUUUAUGGCAACUCUUUUGCACUUUGGAGCUUCCUCUAAUCCCAAUUUUGGCAGUGAUGGAAAACCACAAGAUUCAGGUGAACAAAGAAGAAAUGGAGAGGAUGUCAGCGCUUCUUGGGGCUCGUCUCAAAGAAUUGGAGCAAGAAGCCCACUUUGUUGCAGGAGAACAGUUUCUUAUAAUGAGUAAUAAUCAACUCAGAGAGAUCCUCUUUGGCAAGUUGAAGCUGCACCUGUUGAGUCCUAGGAAGAGCUUACCCAGACGCAGGCCACAGAAGCACCCAUCCACGUCAGAGGCUGUGUUAAAUUCUCUGCAAGACCUUCAUCCCUUACCCAAGAUAAUUUUGGAAUACAGGCAGGUUCACAAGACCAAGUCGACCUUUGUAGAUGGGAUACUAGCAUGCAUGAAACAGGGUUCUAUUUCCUCUACGUGGAAUCAGACUGGAACUGUGACCGGGAGACUUUCAGCCAAGCAUCCUAAUAUCCAAGGUAUCUCCAAGCAACCAAUUCAAAUUACUACACCUCAACUAUUUAAAGGUAAAGAAGACAAGACUCUCACCAUCUCCCCAAGAGCCCUGUUUGUCUCCAACAAAGGCCACACUUUCCUGGCAGCAGACUUUUCACAGAUUGAAUUGCGCAUUCUUGCACAUUUAUCCGGGGAUCCAGAACUUCUGAAGUUAUUCCAGGAAUCUGGAAGAGAUGAUGUAUUUUCUACCCUGACUUCACAGUGGAAGAACAUCCCCAUGGAACACGUGAUGCCCGCAGACAGAGAGCAGACCAAGAAGGUGGUGUACUCAGUGGUCUACGGAGCAGGGAAGGAGCGUCUUGCAUCUUGCCUUGGAGUUACAGUUCAGGAAGCCACCGAGUUUUUGGAGAGUUUUCUGCAGAAAUACAAAAAAAUCAAGGACUUUGCCCAAGCAGCUAUUGCUCAGUGUCACCAUUCAGGCUACGUGGCCUCCAUCCUGGGUAGAAGAAGGCCCCUGCCGAGGAUCCAUGCACGGGACCCGCAGCUGAGGGCACAAGCAGAGCGACAGGCAGUAAACUUCAUGGUGCAAGGCUCCGCCGCUGACCUCUGCAAGAUGGCCAUGAUCCGUAUCUUCGCUGCAGUUGCCGCUUCCUCCACUCUGACAGCCAGGUUGGUUGCCCAGAUUCAUGAUGAGCUGCUGUUUGAAGUGGAGGACUCACAGAUCCCAGAGUUUGCAGGUACGCCUGGGAGCCCAGGGCUUUUCUAUCCCAAAUUGAAGUCCCCUCAUAUCCUCCCUUCAUUUCCUCUGAAGCAGACAGAGCACCAGCUCCAUGUGGGGACCUUGGAAGGCCCAGACAGGCACCCACUGCUUCCAGAGCCUCACCAGAGUCCAGGGCUGUGCCUCCUCUGGACGGCUGAAGGAUGGUCUGGGAAGACUGUGCCAGGUCCCCAAGACUGGCAAGUGCCAUGGAGCAUCCCUCACAGGCAUGACAGGCCACCAGACUCACUAGACUUCACCUGGUAGUCACAGGAAUCUGCUCUGGCUGGGAUGGCACACCUGGCACUCUUUCCCAGCCUAAGCCUGAUGGCCUGAGCCUGGCACCUGCCACCCCUGGCCAGCCCACCCCAACCAGGGAGACCUGAAGCUGAGGACUGGUUGCUGGGGGUGGGAGGGCACAGCCAAGGGGCUUCAGGCAGUACCCUGGGCUGGGACAGGGAGCUACAUGGGGAUAGAGGCCUAGAGCAGAGGGUUUGGAUGAUCAUCUGGGGACCAGGCAGGCUGCAAGCAGCUGUUUCCUGUUGCAGUGCUGGUCAGGAGGGCCAUGGAGUCCUUGCAGCACCUUUGGAGCCCAGAGCUGCAGCUGCAGGUGAGGGACACCCAGCAG